AGCAUGGAUAUACCUCUCUGUAACUGUUCAUCUUUAUUUGUCGCUCUUAUUCCAUCUCUGUCAAAUGUUUUCAUUUUCCCAGAUUAACAACUGUUAGCAGACCUGUUGGCUGUUAUAUGAAGGGAUAGAGGAUGCUAUUACUCAUCACAGUAACAAAGCCAUCUUUACACCAUAUGCAACCUUGUGCAAAUAAAAAGGAGCACACGAAGAGCCGUGGACACAUGAGGUGCAAACUACAAAGCAAGAAUAGAUAAUUUCCAAGAACAACCUGGCAGAGUCCUUAGCACAAUAUUUUCUUGACCCUUUAUUACUUCAAAUUUCCUUUUUUUUGUUGAGGUAAUUGAUUUAUUGCCUCAGUUCAUAGAAUCCACUUCACAGGAUCCUCACAGUGCCCCUCAGAGGGGCGAUGCCCGUCUUGCUAAAUGCCGACGCCUCUUUUAGCUCCAAACAGGAGCUCCUGGACCUGCAGGAUUGUCCUCUCAGCAGGGGCCCCUCUUUGGACACCCCUAGUCCUGUGGAUUCCCAGACAGGCAGCCCCAUAGGCUCUGGUCUCAGAAACCCUGACAGUCCCAUUACUAAUGAGCCACUGAUUUUCACCAGGGCGUCGACACUCCCUGGGCCAAUAUAUGGGGGGGAAACAAGACCUAAUGCAGAGAUUGGGCUAAAGUUAAUCUCUACUAACACAGAACAGCUGUGUGGCUGGGGAGCUCUGACCCCCAAAAGCAUCCAAGUUUUCAACACUCCUCGGUGGGUAUUGUUCUUCCUUUGUGUGGCCUCUUUCCUCCAGGGGAUGAUAAUCAAUGGCUUCAUUAACACAGUGAUCACCUCAAUCGAGCGACGCUUUGAUCUGCGCAGCUACCAAGCUGGCCUCAUCGCCAGUUCCUAUGACAUUGCUGCAUGUGUCUGCCUGGCCUUUGUCAGUUACUUCGGCGGUACAGGUCACAAGCCCCGUUGGCUGGGAUGGGGAGUACUUAUCAUGGCACUGGGUUCUUUGAUGUUUGCCUUGCCUCACUUUACAACACCUCCCUACCAGGUCAGUUUACCCGAGCAAACAGGAAUGUGCUCUGCUAACCGUACCAGCCCGUGCCACAACAAAGAGGCAGGAGGACUGUCCAGCUAUCGCUUUGUGUUCAUGCUUGGCCAGUUUCUGCAUGGUAUGGGCGCUACGCCUCUCUACACAUUAGGGGUCACAUACCUGGAUGAGAAUGUCAACUCCAACUAUGCACCAGUUUAUAUAGGGAUCUUCUACACAGCAGCCAUUGUGGGUCCAGCAGCCGGUUACCUGCUGGGAGGUUACUUCCUCAACAUGUACACUGAGAUCCAUCUAACGCCUGAGAUGACGCCAGAGAACCCUCACUGGGUCGGGGCUUGGUGGAUUGGCUUUUUAGCAGGAGGAGCAGCCGCUCUGCUGGUGGCAUUUCCCAUCCUGGGCUACCCACGGCAACUACCAGGCUCUCAGGAGUAUGUGGCCAUGCGUGUGUCUGAGGCCCACCAGCUUAAGGAUGGAAGCCACACCACUGCCUCAGACCCUCAGUUUGGUAAAUCAGUUAAAGACAUGCCAAGAUCUGUGCUGCUUCUCCUAAAAAACCCCACCUUCCUGUUCCUGUGUUUGGCUGGGGCUACUGAGGCCACCCUCAUUGCUGGCAUGUCCACUUUUGGUCCAAAGUUCUUGGAAUCACAGUUCAGUCUCAGUGCAUCAGAGGCUGCCACAUGGUUUGGAUAUAUGGUGGUACCAGCAGGAGGUGGGGGCACCUUCUUGGGUGGCUACAUUGUAAAGAAGUUGAACCUGCGGUGUCGAGGUAUCAUCCGCUUCUGCAUGAUGUGUGCUAUGGUCAGUCUGCUCGCCAUCUUCAUCUUUGUCAUCCACUGCCCCAACGUGCCCAUGGCUGGUGUCACAGUGCCUUACCAGUCUGGUCUGAAGACUAAACAGCAACUGGACCUGUACAAAAAUGUGUAUGACAGCCCAAGUAAACUGUACCUCAGAAACAGCUCUUGCUUAGAUGUGGGCUGUAAUGCAGGCUGUAGUUGUGUCAGAGAGCUCUACAACCCAGUGUGUGGGGCAGACGGUGUGAUGUAUUACUCCCCUUGCCAUGCUGGCUGCACCUCCAUUAAUCACACCCAACUCUCAACAGGCAAACAGGUGUACUCUGGAUGUAGCUGUGUGGUGGGUAAUGUGUCAUGGGGUGAGGAAGGCUUCGCUCUGGCAGGGAAGUGUGGCAGCUCCUGCCAUCACAUGCCAGCCUUCCUCUCCUUGCUUUUCAUCAUUAUCAGCUUCACCUUCCUUUGUAGCAUCCCAGCACUCACUGCCACACUCAGGUGUGUACCUGACAGUCAGAGAUCCUUCGGACUUGGCAUCCAGUGGAUUGUAGUGCGCACACUUGGUGGUAUUCCAGGACCCAUAGCCUUUGGCUCAGUGAUUGACCUAUCCUGCUUAAUGUGGCAGGAUAAGUGUGGCGAGCAGGGAUCCUGCUACCUUUAUCACAAUUCAGCCAUGAGCCAGUACACACUAGUAGCUGGAAUCCUCUAUAAGGUUUUGGGGACCAUCUUUUUCCUGGUAGCCAGUAUCCUGUACCAGCCUCCCCCAGAGUCACCACAAAGCAGCUGCGAGAACACCGACCAUAGCAUGGAACACUUGAGCGACCUUCCUGUCAAAGAUCUCCCUGAAGACGGCGUUAUUGUCAACCUGCAUGCCAGGCUAUGAUGGCAGGGAUCAUCUUGUGUAUGUGUAUGUGACAAACACCCCCAGAAUGCCUUCAUGCACACACAAAAAACACCAUGACUUACAAUGGCACGUGAUGACGUCUAACAUGCUGCUAUCUUGACAGAAAACCCUGCUAUGAACGCGUGGGUGUGAGUGUUUCGUAGCAGGGCCAAGCCACACAGGUUUUUAUGUAGUUUUUUUAUGUACUAAAAUUCUACAGAUCUCUAUAAUCAGUUCAAUUGACUCCUUACAGUGUGAGGUUCAUGACAUUUGUGUUUCAUAAUUCAAUAAUCCUCAAGAACCAAUGAAACACCUCAGACCUUUGUGGUAUACGAAGCGUUUACAGUGUGAACAAAAAAAAAGCAUUUAUACCGGUCUGUUAUUUUCCACAUUACUGGAACUAAAUUACAUAUUUUGGUUUUUUUUCCUACAGACAAAGCAAUGGCAUGUUAUACUCUACGAGAUCCCACAGCCAGUAUUAAUAAAACCAAAUUAACUUCAUAUUGCUUGAGUCAUUUAAAGCCAAAAGUCGUAAAAGGCUCAUACCUACACUCACUUUUUAGACAUUCAAAAGGGAAAUAUUGCCUUAUUUUUCUCAUCAAUCUUCACUCAGUAUCCCACAUUAACAAAUGCACAACACGUUUUUGAUGUUUUGAAAUGUCAGACUAUUUAGAACCUUAAUUCUGUACUUUAAUUAACUUCUUAAAGAUUAAAUACAGCCUCCAGUCUUCUUAGGUAAAUCUCUUCUGGUUUUGGAUACUUGGAUUUGGACAGUUAUUGGUAAAUCAUUUUAAGAUAUGUCACAGCAGAUAGAAAGAUCUGUGCAAUGCUAUCACCACAGUUAUCCACAGGUCUUGUCCUAAAGGGAUUCCAGCAUUGUGGUCUGCCAUGUCAGUAACUAACCUUAGCUUCAUGACUUUGCUGAAAUUACUCUAUGCUUGAUUUUUUUCCCUUCACUCCAUUAGCUACUCUUCAAUAAACGGUAGAGUAAUAAAAUGCUGCUUCAGUGGGCGUGUCCUCAGAGAUGCUUUAUCAUCCUCCAUCCUCACUUACAGUGAUUAUAGUCACCUUGCUAUCCAAGGUACUUUCUGUUUACUUUCUCAGUUUGAGUCUUUGGAAGAGUUUUGGUUGUUUUAAACUUGUUUCUAUUCACGGGAAUUAAGGCUACUGUGGUCACAUUCACGUUCAGAGUGCUAAAAAUAGUUUUAUGCCCUUGUCACCAGAGAGUUACAUACACUGACGCAGGGCUCUUUUUCUCUCUUUCUAAAAUCUGUCAGGCAAAAUCAGUUUACUGCAGGCAGACUGGAGGCAGUUUAUUUACUCUUAGCUACAACUUAAGAGCAAAUAAAGGAAACAAGAUAAUCACAAUUUGAAGGGCCAUAGCAACAACCCAAAUGCCCUUUUAAAGUGAUAUAUUCUAAUUACUGGUGGUAAAUUCUAAAACAACAUUAUGUCUGUGUAGGUUACUGAGGGUAACUUGAUGGUUAAUGCCACUUAAAUGUUCAGAUUUAUUUCAAAACACAAUAAAUUGUCUAAAAAGCUGAAGGUGCAGUAUACUAUCAGGAUAUUAUAUAUAUUAAUACAACCACACCAGUAUAGCAGCACAAAUGUAUUUUCCAUUAGAAAAGCACAUGCAUAUCUAUAUAGUUACUUGGACAUGCAUAAAGAAGAGUUGCACCACUUAUGGUCUUAUAAUAAAGAUUAGUUUGAAAUAAAACAAGAAAGACAAAAUUAUGAUGUAUUUCAGAUGAAAUAGAGAGUUCUGUAUAGAGAUUAUUGCUCUGUUUGCCAAUUAAUUAAUAUUUUCUUUAAUGCUUCUUGCCCAUAGAAAUUGCUUGGCUGCCCAUUUAAAACAAAUGAAAAUGUGUGUUAACGGCAGCAUUUAAAAUCUGUAACCUAUUCAGACAUGAUGAACUUUGCCACAAGAAUUUGUGCCAUGACCAACAGACCUUUUUCCACAAAAACCUGUUGACUUGUCUAGGCACAAAAAGCAACUGACUCAUUAACAAUGGCUUAGUUCCGUCAUCCCUGUAAAACAUGAAAGCUAGAAACCUAAAUCAAAAGCACUUAUUAGUUAUUAAAAUCCUUUGUUUUUACCAGCACGUGGGGUCGCUGUAGCUCAGGAGGUAGAGCAGGUCAUCUACUGACUGGAGGGUUGGUGGUACACUCCCCGGCUGCCCCAGUCUGCAUGUCGAAUAUCCUUGGGCAAGAUGCUAAAUCCUAAAUUGUAUGAAUGUGGAGCUGAAUGUUAUCUAGAAAGCACUUAAAAACGUAGCAUGUUGUAUAAAGCUCGUUGAGUCCUCUGGGAGAGUAGAAAAGUGCAAUAUAAGAAUCAGUCCAUUUACCAUUCAAUUUGCAAUUCACCUCUACCACCAGAAGGUGGCGAUAGUGGCUUAGAAACUCUGUCAAAAUGUUCAAAAACAUCAAUGUGGACCCGGGCAAACACAAGGUAAAGUUAGCAUGGUGCAAGUCUACUACAACUAUGCACAAUCAUGUGAAAGAAGAUUGGGGUGGGCAGUUGUCAACGAAUCGUUAAAAGGAGACCAGUAAAUAUGAAGUUCUAUUUUUGAUGUAAGUGCCCAUCCCUGCUAAUAAUUAAAAGUUAAAGUUAAAUUUAAGUUAAAUUAAUGUUUAAAGCAUAAAAGUCAUAAAAGUCAUUAUUGUGAUCAUAUCAAGAUCAAGGCAGAAAAGAACCCUUUUCCCCACAGAGUUCAAGUCUUAUUUUUGCAACCACAUGAGUCACCCCCUGGUGGUAAUUAAAAAUAAUGCAGCUACAUCCACAUUGGAUGUACUUUUUUGACCAGUAAACUACAUUAAUCGUUAAUAUAUAGUCUGUGGAUCAAACUAUGCUUACAAUACUGACUUCUAAUACCAUAUAGACAUUUAGAAAUCAAAGCAUCUAAACUCAAAGCCAAAUGUUCCAUUAAAAAAGUUCUGCAGAUUUACCUGAUUGAAGUGACUUUGGCACCAUAAUUUUUUAAGUUAUUUAAUUAAAAAAAGAAUAUUUAAUUCUUAAAUAAACACUGAAAUAAAUAUACACAUAGAUACUGAGUAUGCUAUCUUGUUUAAAUUCUUUAAAUUACUUAUCAAGUAAAAACAAGCCAGCUAAACAAUAGCAGCUGGUUAUAAGCUAACCUUAUGCUCGCUAAUGUUAGGCUCAAAUGUCUUAAAAAUCACACUUUCCAUCUGAUCAGCAGUUUGAUUACAAUUUCCUGCAAUCUACUGACAUCUAGUGGUGAUAUUUUGCACACUGUACCUUUAUGUAGAUGUAGAAAUUCACUGGUUGAGGAGCUAGAACCACCCUUGCUCUGUGGAGACUCUUUACUCCUACAUUUGGCUGUUUUAAAUGCUGGUGUGACAGAGCCUUUUACAGGGUAAGUUGAACACUGGGAUGUUGAGGGUGAUGCUCAAUUAGCACAACAUGCAAUAUUUUUAAAAAUGUCCCUGAUUUGAAUCUAAUGAUCACAAUACUGUCUGUAAAUGUGCCAAAGCAGCUUUGCAUAAAAACUCUUGUAUUUAAUUUUUAUUCACUGACAUUAAAUUCAUUAUUUAUUUAUAAUAUGUCAGCACUCAUAUUUUUAUUUUUGCAUUAAUUUUGCAAUGAAUAACAAGAAUGCUGCCCUUUCUACACAAACAAACCCUCCUCCUGUCUCUGUCUUUUCUCUGAUAGCAUUGUUGUUAUGUACUCUGCUGAUGUUGAGGAGUGUGGUUGUCAUGUAAAUGUAUAUAUGCAAUCCUGCUUGUUGUGCUCUUUAAUCAGUUCUCAAGCUUUGACAACUUUGUAAAUUUAUAUUGUCUUUUUUUUCUUUUGGUACUGUUUUUUUUCUUUCUUUUAUAAUGAUCUUUUUAUGGACUGAUUCAAAGAUGUCAUUUUUCUUCUAAUUACAAAAGCUGAACAGCUGAUUAUUUUAUGUCUCAAGUAUUUUGUGUGUGUGUGAGAGAGCGAUUCAAUGCAGGUCAAUUAACCUCUUAAGCCCCAAGCCUAACUGAUCUCCUGCCUUCUGCCCCUGUAUCAGGGGGCGUUGGGGCUUAAGAGGUUAAAUGUUAUUUAUUUAGUGCCAAAUCACA